ACUGCCUUUUAGGAAGCUCAGUGCUGUGUAAAACGGCACGUUUCCCCACCAGACACACAAAUGCUUUAGCAAAGCCUCUCCGCAAAGGUCCCAAAAGUAGAUCUGUUGGUGCUAUUGAAUGGAGUUGUAAGGGAAAUAACGAUUUAGUUGCUCCAGAAGAAAUAAAAACACGUUCAUCGACAAAAUAGUGACCGCAAAUCAGAUAUUGUGAGAUUUUGUUUGCCAUGUGGAAGUACGGCUGUCUGGUUGUGCUGAGUGCCGUGCUUGUGGGCGCACAGUUUCCAAGGGCAUGCGUGACACCGGAGGGACUCCGCACCGGUCAGUGCUGUCCGUCACCAACUGAAGCCAACGACCCCUGCGGUGCCAGUUCGGGACGGGGACAGUGCGUCUCGAUAAGUGCGGAUACGCGACCACACGGACCGCAGUACCCUCACGACGGUCGGGAUGACAGAGAACGCUGGCCCGUUCGCUUCUUUAACCGGACGUGCCAGUGCAAUGGGAAUUUCUCUGGCUACAACUGCGGCCGGUGCAAACAUGGGUUGACAGGUCCCAACUGUGAUCAGCCGGUGGCUGUAGUGAGAAGAAACGUGAUGCUGUUCAGUGCCGAUGAGAAGCGAGCUUUCUUGGACGCUCUGGACCGGGCUAAGCGCACAGUGCAUCCGGACAUAGUGAUAGCCACCCGCAGAUACGCAGAGGUUUUCGGACCGGAUGGCAACACCAUGCAGUUCGAGAACAUCACUAUCUACAACUAUUUCGUGUGGUCCCACUACUACUCCGUCAGUAAAACAUUCCUCGGGCCGGGCCAGCUGAGUUUCGGAGGAGUUGACUUCUCGCAUGAGGGACCAGGCUUUGUGACUUGGCACCGCUUCCAACUGAUUCAGCUUGAGCGAGACAUGCAGGACAUGUUGCAGGAUCCAAGCUUCGCCCUGCCCUAUUGGAACUUUGCCAUCGGCGGGGACAGGUGCGACAUCUGCACGGACGACCUGAUGGGGGCACGCAGCUCCUUCGACAUGAACUCCCUCAGCGCCAACUCCAUCUUCUCUCAGUGGAGGGUCAUCUGCGAAAGCGUGGAAGACUACGACACCCUCGGCACCAUCUGCAACAACACGGAGACCAGCCCCAUCAGGAGGAACCCGGCUGGGAACGUGGCUCGGCCCAUGGUGCAGCGCCUGCCACUGCCGCAGGACAUCUCCGACUGCCUGGAGGUGAACAUGUUUGACACGGCGCCAUUCUACUCCACGUCCACCGAGAGCUUCCGCAACUCUAUUGAGGGCUACAGUCACCCCCAGGGGAACUACGACCCCGUGGUCCGCAGCCUGCACAACCUGGCCCAUCUCUUCCUGAACGGCACCGGAGGGCAAACUCACCUCUCGCCCAACGACCCAAUCUUCGUCCUCCUGCACACCUUCACCGACGCCAUCUUUGACGAGUGGCUCCGUAGGCACCCUGAGUCUGCCAUCUAUCCCUUGGAGAACGCCCCUAUUGGUCACAACCGGGAGUACAACAUGGUGCCUUUCUGGCCACCCAUAACCAACGCUGAGAUGUUUGUGACGGCCCCUGAGAACCUUGGAUACUCCUAUGAGGCCGAGUGGCCCGCUCGUGUGGUCACUCUGACAGAGAUCAUCACCAUCACUGUGGUUUCGGCCCUCAUCGUUGUGGCAAUCAUCUUUUCCAUCACGACCUGUCUCGUGCGUACUAAAGCCCACAAGAUGGAGGGCAGGCAGCCGUUGCUAGGUGAACAGUACCAGCGCUAUGACGACCAUGACAGACACACAGACAAAUCCCAAUCAGUUGUAUAAGGGUGUGCCAGCUAGACCUGAGAAACCUCAUUGCACUUCCUCAUUGUUCUCAGUUUUAAAAUACAAGUUUGAAACAAAGUCAUAAACUGUUGAGUAUUUUGGAUAAUGUUUCAUCUGCUGUAGACUUGCAUUAAUAAUUUCUCUUAGGUGUCCUGAGAGACCUUAAAAAGCAUUUAAAAUGUACGUGCUAACAAUGAAUUACAUACAAAUGUUUGUAUGAUGUACAUUUGUAAACAUAACAUUUGGGUAUAUACUCUUUUUCCUUAAACAAUAUAAGUCCUGUGAUCACUAAUUCUAACUUUGAUGGUUUUUAAAACAAUAAAUCCUGCCAAAAACAUA